AUGCACUCACAUCGAUCCAGUAAAAAGUCGCAGAAGCCAUUCAAGUCCAAGCAUGCGUCCAAGGGCUCGAUCAAGGCGUUGAACAAGGGCAAGAUCGAAAAGGCGUCUGCCGGAAACAAGGCAGUCAAGACUAUGGGCAAAUGGGACCGGCGGAAUCAGAAGGACCAGAUUCGGGCUGCCAAAAUGGUCGAACUGGCAACGGACCGUAAGCUGUUUGACGGCAAGAGCGGUGCCCCCAAGAUUGUCACUGUUGUGGGCAUGAGCGAGGACGUUGACGUGAAUGGGCUGGUGUGCAAGAUGAUGGGUCUUGAAUCUCUGCAGUCCAAAAUCAGCACACACGAAGUCGAGCGAUUCAAGCAGAAGUUCACGGUGAUCACCCCGUCGUUGGACAACUUUCUGGAGGUUUUGGACGCUGCCCGAAUCGCCGAUUUUGUCAUCCUGGCCUUCUCUCCUGUCGCUGCCUUUAACGACUCGGAGUACAUUCUCAAGUGUGUUGCUGAGCAGGGAGUGAGUAAUGUCAUCUCUGUAGUCACAGAGACCGGAAUGCUCACCGACAAGAAGCGCGUCGAGCGAAUCGACGAGAUCAAGACCUUUUCCGACUACUUUUUCCCCCAGGACAAGAUUUUCGAUAUUGAGAACGCCACCGACUGUGCCAACCUGGUGCGAAACAUUGCGCAGAAAUUCCCCAAGGGUGUCAACUGGCGUGAUCAGCGUGCUUUUGUGCUGGCUGAUAACGUCCAGGAGGUUGACGGCCAGGUGUGCGUUUCAGGCGUUGUUCGAGGCAAGGGUUUCAAUCUUCUGAGAACUGUUCAUCUUCCCGGAUACGGCGAUUUCAAGAUCGCCAAAGCUGAGGUGUUGAAGCAUGGACAGGCCGAGUUGGUCAUUCCCGGUGAGGACGUUUUGGCCAAGAAUGACGGUGACGAUGAAGAUAUGGACAUGGAGGAGGAUGACGUCAUGGAAGAAGAAGAAGAAAUCCAAGACCAGCAACUGGGCGUAAAAGUCGACGGGCAUCAUUACUUCCCUGACACGGCGCGAGAAGCCAUGCAGGAAAAGUACGCCAAGCGCCGAGUCCCCAAGGGCACGUCUGAGCAGCAGGCCAAGUGGCUCAUUGACGAGACUCUCAUCAACUCUGACGACGAGUUUGAGGAUGAGCAGAUGGAGGAAGAUGAAGUUGAUAUGGAUGCUGAAGAUGGCGCUCACGUUGAAUUUGACAUGGACGAGGAAACACGUCAGUUGGAGGAAUACAAGAGCCUCCGAGAAGAGCUCGAUUUCCCUGAUGAAGUCGAACUCAAGCCUGGCGAGUCAGCCAAGGAGAGAUUCGCAAAGUACCGAGGAAUGAAGUCGCUUCGAAACUGGGAUGCCUCUCAGGAUGACUACCCCGAGGAGUACAAGAAUUGCGUCACCUUCAACUACAACGCCAUGAAGAACCGGGUUCUCAAGGACUCCACAGACCUGCAGCCAGGACAAUACGUCAAGCUUUACAUUGAGGCUCCCGUCAGCAUUGUGUCCGAGGCCCAGGAACACGCAGACUCGCCGUUUGUUGUCUACGGACUGCACAAGUACGAGUCGGACCAGGCCGUGUGUCAUGUGACUAUGAACCCCUGUUUUGACCAGGAAGAGACAGCUCCCAUCAAGUCUAAGGACGAGCUCAUUUUGCAGCUUGGACCUCGACGACUGGUUGUAAACCCUCUCUACGGAACCGAGUCUACCAUUGCCAAGUUUGACCGGUUCUUGACCCGGCCCUGUAUGGCCACAUACAUUGGACCUGCCACCUUUGGCAAUGUUCCUGCCCUGUGGUUCCGAAAGUCGGAAAACGGCGCGAUGGAGCUAGUUGGAACCGGCUCGUUCGAUUCCACCGACCCCCGCAAGAUGCUCAUCAAACGGGCCGUGCUCACCGGCCAUCCCUUCAAGAUCCACAAGAAGCUCGUCACCAUCAGAUACAUGUUUUUCAACCCCGAAGACAUCAACUGGUUCAAGGCCGUGCCGCUCUUUACCAAGAUGGGCCGAUCGGGCUUUAUCAAAAUGUCUCUAGGUACUCAUGGAUACAUGAAGGCUACUUUCGACCAGCAUCUUAACGGAAUGGACACCGUCGCUAUGGCUCUAUACAAGAGAGUGUGGCCAAAGGUUGCCAGAGAGUUGGAGUAG